CCGAACGCACACAAAGAAACGCAAACCGAUCUCAAAGAUAUUGAUCCGAAAGCCAGUGAUCGCAAUAAAUCUGCCUCUAAUAACGUGUCUGCAAACCACACCAUUCCCUCCAAGUCUUACAUUUCAAUGAUGUCUGAUGUGUCUGAAAGUGAGAAUCCGUCCAAAUCUGAUCUCAUCUCAAAUCAAAGCAACGAUUUUUCGCAUUUGUCCGACAAGACUAAGAACUCAUUCACUCGAUUACCGGCUUUAGUUAAGGGUUAUCUCACGCGAAGACUCAUGAAAACAGAGAAAGUAAUGCAAAAAAUCGAUACAAUCCGAGAGAUAACGCAACUGUUGGCGACCUAUCAUAACAUUCCCAUCAGAUCCCGGAAGAUCUCUCACGAAGACAUUAAUUUCCACAAACGUUUGAUAAUUCAAUUGCAGAACAGUUGCCGU